CCAGCACCCGCCGUCCUGCGGGCUGCCCCUGGCCUCCGCCGCCUCCACCUCCGCCUCGGCCUCGGCCUCCUCUCAGACGCCGCCCCCGCCGCCUCAGGACAUGACUUUCAAGAAGGAGCCGGCUGGGGCUUUCCCCGCCUCCUCCCCUGCCUCCUCCUCUUCCUCCUCCCAGCGCAGCCCCUGGGGCUUCCUGCAGUCCCUGGUGAGCAUCAAGCAGGAGAAGCCCAGCGAGCAGGAGGAGGAGGUGCCGCACCCCUACGGGACAGGUGUGGGUGUAGCGGCAGGGCUUUUUGGGCAGGACCGGCCCCCCGGGCUGCUGGGGGGCAGCAGCGGGGAGGCAGUGGGGUCCAGCGUGAUCCAGGACCUCAGUCUGCUCCACCACCACCUGCACCAGCACCCGCACCGCGACGCGCUGCUGGGCGGCCGGGGCGAGGGCCCCCUGGGGGGCUGUGACGAGCCCAAGCACGAGGCUGCCCAGUCCCGGAAGGCAAAGAGGCCAAAGCCAGAAACUCAGGGAAUCAAAGCCAAGCGGAAGCCAAGCGCUUCGUCCAAGCCGGCCCAGCUGGCGGGUGAUGCCGAAGGGGCCCUGGCGUCCCCGAGUCAGAAGCCUCACGUCUGCGAACACUGCAGUGCAGCCUUCAGGAGCUCCUACCACUUGCGCAGGCAUGUGCUCAUUCACACGGGGGAGAGGCCUUUCCAGUGCAGCCAGUGCAGCAUGGGUUUCAUUCAAAAGUACUUGCUCCAGCGGCAUGAGAAGAUCCACAGCAGGGAGAAACCAUUUGGAUGUGACCAGUGCAGCAUGAAGUUCAUCCAGAAGUACCACAUGGAAAGACACAAGAGGACACACAGCGGAGAAAAGCCAUACAAAUGUGACACUUGCCAGCAGUAUUUUUCAAGGACUGAUAGACUUCUGAAGCACAGACGAACAUGCGGUGAAGCCAUAGCUAAAGCAAAUGCUGGAAUGGAACCUGGGUCAUCGAACCACAACAUGGGUAGCCUGGCUGCGUUGUCUCAGGGAAAUGCAAGUUCCUCAAGGAGAAAAAACAAAACAAAAAGUAUAUCCACUGAAAACAAAGGAAGUAAGUCAAGUAAUAAAGUAACUGAAUCACAAGUCCUGAAUAAUAUGAACAUGCCGAAUUAUGCAGUAGAGCUUCCUAUCGUGUCUUCCAGUGGUGGCAUAGUUGGCACUGGCAUAGAAGAGUUGCAAAAAAAGGUGCCAAAGUUAGUUUUCAAAAAAGGAAACAGAAAAAAUGCAGACAAGAAUUACCUUAAUUUUGUGUCGCCGUUGCCAGAUAUUAUUGGGCAAAAACCGAUGUCUGGAAAACAAAGUGGCUCUCUUGGAAUAGUAACCAAUACUGGUGUGGAAGCUCUUGGACUUCUCCAAAGUACAGGUGGUAAACCAGCUCAGUUAAGUAGCAACUAUGAUGAUGCCAUGCAGUUUUCAAAGAAGAGAAGAUAUUUACAAACUGCCAGCAGUAACAGUGCCUUUUCUAUAAAUGUUGGACACAUGACUUCCCAACAGUCUGUCAUCCAAUCUGCAGGUGUCAGUGUUAUGGAUAACGAGACUCCAUUAUCUCUUAUUGAUUCAGCAUCUCUAAAUACUGAAAUAAAGUCUUGCCAUGAUAAGUCUGGAAUUCCUGAUGAAGUGUUGCAGAGUCUCUUGGACCAGUAUGCUCACAAGUCAGAAGGCCAGAAAGAAGAUCCUUUCAAUAUAACUGAACAACGUGUGGACUUGCAUGCUUCAGGAGAGCAUCCAGAAAUGGUCCAGGAGGAAAAUUUGAGCCCAAGUUCUCAAACAGUUUCAAGUGAUAAGGCAAACAUGUUGCAAGAAUACUCCAAAUACCUCCAACAAGCUUUUGAAAGAACGACCAAUAGCACUGGUUUUCCUUUUGGACCCAGUUUCCAGUUUGUUAGUCUGUCUUCAACUCUGCAUAACCACACUCUGUUUCAAGACAAACAGAUGUACACUACGUCUCCACUUGAGUGUGGUUUCAGCCAAUCUGUUACCUCAGUGUUGCCAACUGCAUUGCCAAAGCCUCCAUUUGGGAUGUUGCUUGGAUCUCAGCCAGGUUUUUAUUUAUCAGCUUUGGAGGCUACGCAUCAACAGCUGACUCCUUCUCAAGAGCUGGAUGAUCUGAUAGAUCCACAGAAACAUUUAGAGACUUCAUCAAACUACCAGUCUACAUCUCAGAAAUUGACUAGCCAGAAGGAACAGAAAAAUUUAGAAUCUUCAGCGAGCUUUCAAAUUCCGUCUCAGGAGUUAGCGAGCCAGAUAGAUCCUCAGAAGGACCUAGAGCCUAGAGUGACCUACCAGAUUGAGAACUUUGCACAAGCGUUUGGUUCUCAAUUUAAGUCGGGCAGCAGGGUGCCAAUGACUUUUAUUACUAACUCUAAUGGAGAAGUGGACCAUAGAGUACGGACUUCAGUGUCAGAUUUCUCAGGGUAUUCAAAUAUGAUGUCUGAUGUAAGCGAGCCAUGUAGUACACGAGUAAAAACCCCUACCAGCCAGAGUUACAGUGCAGUAUGCUGCUUCUGCUCUCUAAAUACAGUGCCCAGGAGUGGAUUGGACCAUAACCACAAUGGUGGUGUCAUGCUUUUCAUCAUCCUUUUUUUUUUUUUUUUUUUUUUGGUUUUGUUUUUGCUGAGGUUAUGAUUUGCUUUCUUUACGUUUAUAAUGUGUGUAGUAGAUAUUGCAUAUGUAUUGUUCUGGUUGUUUGCUUUACCUUAAUACCAAUAAAAACCCAUUAUUCACAAAAGUGUAAAGAUAUCACUGAUAUUAUCCAGUCACACUCCUGAGAUUUUUAUUAAGAAGAAAAUUCCAUAACAUGUUUUAAAUUAGAUUUGAAGAAGCAAUAAUAUAACUUGUUGAAUAUUUUGAGGCAUUUUUACUGUAAAGAUUUGCUCAAUAAAAUGUUCUUUUG